AUGGGGAGACCUGUGGCCUUGCUCCUGCUCCUGCUCCUCCAGCGUUUUGGAGACGGCGACGGAAGCCAAACCCCUGAGCAGAAUCCUCUCCAGUUUACACACUUCCAGUACAAUGUCACGGUGCACGAAAACUCUGCAGCUAAAACCUACGUGGGCCAUCCUGUAAAGAUGGGUAUUUACCUUACAAAUCCACUGUGGGAGUUAAGGUACAGAAUUAUCUCCGGGGACAACGAAAACCUUUUCAAAGCUGAAGAGUAUGUCCUUGGAGACUUUUGCUUCUUAAGAAUAAGGACCAAAGGAGGAAAUACAGCUAUUCUUAAUAGGGAAGUAAAAGACCAUUACACAUUGAUAGUCAAAGCAGUUGAAAAAAAUACUAAUGCUGAAGCCCGAGCCAAGGUCAGGGUGCAAGUGCUGGAUACAAACGACUUGAGACCGCUGUUCUCCCCCACCUCGUACAGUGUUUCGUUACCUGAAAACACAGCCAUAAGGACCAGUAUUGCCAGAGUCAGCGCCACAGAUGCAGACAUAGGAACCAACGGAGAGUUUUACUACAGUUUCAAAGAUCGAACAGAUGUGUUCGCUAUUCACCCGACCAGCGGUGCCAUAGUUUUAACUGGUAGGCUCGAUUACGCAGAGACCAAGCUCUAUGAGAUGGAGAUUCUUGCUGUGGACCGUGGGAUGAAGCUGUAUGGUAGCAGUGGUAUCAGCAGCAUGGCUAAGCUGACGGUUCACGUGGAACAGGCCAACGGAUGUGCUCCUGUGAUCACGGCGGUGACGCUGUCUCCAUCAGAACUGGACAAGGACCCAACAUAUGCAAUCGUAACGGUGGACGACUGUGAUCAGGGGCCCAAUGGGGAAAUAGCUUCUUUAAGCAUUGUGGCAGGUGACCUCCUUCAACAGUUUAGAACAGUGAGGUCCUCUCCAGGGAGUAAAGAAUAUAAAGUCAAGGCAGUUGGUGGCAUUGAUUGGGACAGUCAUCCUUUUGGCUACAAUCUGACGCUACAGGCUAAAGAUAAAGGAACCCCUCCCCAGUUCUCUUCUGUGAAAGUAAUUCAUGUGACUUCUCCGCAGUUCAAAGCUGGGCCAGUCAAGUUUGAAAAGGAUGUUUAUAGAGCAGAAAUCGGUGAGUUUGCUCCUUCCAAUACCCCCGUGGUCAUGGUGAAAGCCACGCCUAGUUAUUCUCAUUUGAGGUAUGUUUUCAAAAGUACCCCCGGGAAAGCUAAAUUCAGUUUAAAUCCCAACACUGGUCUCAUUUCCAUUUUGGAGCCAGUUAAAAGACAGCAGGCAUCCCAUUUUGAACUUGAAGUAACAACAAGUGACAGAAGAGCCUCGACCAGAGUGUUGGUUAAAGUCUUAGGUGCGAACAGCAAUCCCCCUGAGUUUACCCAGACUGCUUACAAAGCAUCUUUCGAUGAGAACAUGCCCAUUGGUACGACGGUCCUGAGCGUGAGUGCCGUGGACCCCGAUGAGGGGGAGAAUGGCUAUGUGACUUACAGUAUUGCCAAUUUAAACCACGUGCCCUUCGUCAUUAACCAUUUCACUGGUGCCGUGAGUACUUCAGAAAACCUGGACUAUGAGCUGAUGCCUCGGGUUUAUACUCUGAGGAUUCGAGCGUCAGACUGGGGCUUGCCGUACCGCCGGGAAGUUGAAGUCCUCGCCACGGUGACCCUCAAUAACUUGAAUGACAACACACCCUUGUUUGAGAAAAUCAAUUGUGAAGGAACUAUCCCCAGGGAUCUAGGUGUGGGGGAGCAAAUAACUACUGUUUCUGCGAUUGAUGCUGACGAACUUCAGUUGGUCCGAUACCAGAUUGAAGCUGGAAACGAACUAGAUUUGUUCAGCCUAAACCCCAGCUCUGGGGUGUUGUCCCUAAAGCAGUCGCUUCUGGAUGGCUUAGGGACCAAGGUGUCAUUUCACAGCCUGAGAAUCACGGCCACAGAUGGAGAGAAUUUUGCCACACCGUUAUACAUCAACAUAACUGUGGCUGCUAGUCGCAAGCCAGUACACUUGCAGUGCGAAGAGACGGGCGUUGCCAAAAUGCUGGCGGAGAAACUCCUGCAGGCAAAUAAGUUACACAGUCAGGGAGAGGUGGAGGACAUUUUCUUUGAUUCCCACUCUGUCAAUGCGCACGCGCCACAGUUCAGAAGUACUCUCCCCGCUGGUGUUGAGGUAAAGGAAAACCAUCCAGUGGGUGCCAGCAUAAUUUUCAUGAAUGCUACUGACCUGGACACUGGCUUCAAUGGAAAACUGGUCUAUGCCAUUUCUGGAGGAAAUGAGGAUAGUUGCUUUGUAAUUGACAUGGAAACUGGAAUGCUAAAGAUUUUAUCUCCGCUUGACCGUGAAACAACAGACAAGUACACCCUGAACAUUACAGCAUCUGACCUUGGUAUACCACAGAAGGCCGCUUGGCGUCUCGUAGACAUCAGAGUUCUGGAUGCCAAUGAUAAUCCCCCGGAGUUUUUACAGGAGAGCUACUUUGUUGAAGUGCGCGAAGACAAAGAGGUAGAUAGUGAAAUCAUCCAGGUUGAAGCCACAGAUAAAGAUUUAGGGCCGAAUGGACAUGUGACCUACUCUAUUCUCACAGACACAGAUAAAUUCUCCAUUGACAGCGUGACUGGAGUUGUUAAAAUUGUGUCCCCUUUGGAUCGCGAAGUACAGCAUGUGCAUUACUUAAAGAUUGAAGCCAGGGAUCAAGCCAGAGAAGAACCUCAGUUGCUUUCCACUGUUCUUUUGAAAGUAUCAUUAGAGGAUGUUAAUGACAACCCACCUAGGUUCAUUCCACCUAAUUACCGUGUGAAAGUUCGCGAAGACCUUCCAGAAGGAACCAUAAUCAUGUGGUUGGAGGCCUAUGAUCCCGAUUUAGGUCAGUCUAGCCAAGUGAGAUACAGUCUGCUGGACCACGGAGAAGGACACUUUGAUGUGGAUAAACUCAGCGGAGCAGUCAGAAUUGUCCAGCAUUUGGACUUUGAGAAGAAGCAAGUGUAUAAUCUCACCGUGAGGGCCAAAGACAAAGGGAAGCCGGUUUCUCUGUCUUCCACUUGCUAUGUUGAAGUUGAGGUCAUUGAUGUGAAUGAGAACUUACACCCACCAGUGUUUUCCAGCUUUGUGGAGAAGGGGGUAGUGAAAGAAGAUGUCCCUAUUGGUUCCUCAGUAAUGACAGUGUCUGCUCACGAUGAGGACACAGGAAGAGACGGGGAGAUCCGCUAUUCCAUAAGAGAUGGUUCUGGUGUUGGUGUUUUCAAAAUAGACGAAGAGACAGGUGUCAUAGAGACCUCAGACGGACUUGACCGGGAGUCCACCUCCCAUUACUGGCUAACGGUCUAUGCAGCUGAUCGGGGUGUCGUGCCUCUCUCAUCGUUUAUAGAGAUCUACAUAGAGGCCGAGGACGUCAAUGACAACGCCCCACAGACAUCAGAGCCUGUUUAUUACCCAGAAAUAAUAGAAAAUUCUCCCAAGGAUGUAUCUGUGGUCCAAAUAGAGGCAUUUGAUGCAGAUUCUAGCUCUAAUGACAAGCUGACCUACAAAAUUACAAGUGGAAAUCCACAAGGAUUUUUUUCAAUACAUCCUAAAACAGGUCUUAUCGCAACAACGUCAAGGAAACUGGACCGAGAGCAGCAGGAUGAACAUAUAUUAGAAGUUACCGUGACAGACAAUGGUAGCCCCCCCAAGUCAACCGUUGCUAGAGUAAUUGUAAAAAUCCUUGACGAAAAUGACAACAAACCCCAGUUCCUACAAAAGUUCUACAAAAUCAGACUCCCAGAGCGGGAAAGACCAGAACGAGAAAGAAUCUCCAAGCGCGAGCCCAUCUAUCGUGUUAUCGCUACAGACAAAGACGAAGGUCCCAAUGCAGAGAUCUCGUACAGCAUCGAAGAUGGAAACGAGCAUGGCAGAUUUUUCAUUGAGCCAAAAACCGGAGUGGUUUCGUCCAAGAAGUUCUCUGGAGCUGGAGAAUAUGAUAUCCUUUCAAUUAAGGCAGUUGAUAAUGGUCGCCCCCAAAAGUCGUCAACCACGCGACUCCACAUUGAAUGGAUUUCCAAACCCAAACCAUCCCUGGAGCCGAUUUCAUUUGAAGAACCGUUUUUUACCUUUACUGUCAUGGAAAGUGACCCGGUUGCUCACAUGAUUGGAGUGAUAUCUGUGGAGCCUCCUGGCACGCCUCUUUGGUUUGAUAUCAUUGGUGGCAACUAUGACAGUCACUUUGAUGUUGACAAGGGCACCGGAACGAUCGUUGUUGCCAAACCUCUUGAUGCAGAACAGAAGUCAAACUAUAACCUCACAGUCGAAGCCACAGACGGAACCACUGCCAUACUUACACAGGUAUUCAUCAAAGUAAUAGAUACAAAUGACCAUCGUCCUCAAUUUUCUACAUCAAAAUAUGAAGUUGUUAUUCCUGAAGACACAGUGCCAGAAACGGAAAUUCUGCAAAUCAGUGCUGUGGAUAAGGAUGAAAAAAACAAGCUCAUCUAUACACUGCAGAGCAGCAUUGAUCCAUUGAGUCUCAAGAAAUUUCGUCUUGAUCCUGCGACAGGCUCUCUCUAUACUUCUGAAACACUUGAUCAUGAAGCCAUCCACCAACAUGUUCUUACCGUCAUGGUACGGGAUCAAGAUGUUCCUGUGAAGCGCAACUUUGCACGGAUUAUUGUCAAUGUCAGUGACACCAAUGACCAUGCCCCCUGGUUCACAAGUUCCUCCUAUGAAGGGAGGGUUUAUGAAUCUGCAGCUAUUGGCUCAGUAGUAUUGCAGGUUACAGCUCUGGACAAGGACAAAGGGAAGAACGCUGAAGUGCUAUACUCGAUUGAAUCAGGAAACAUUGGAAAUUCUUUUACCAUUGAUCCCAUCUUGGGCUUAAUAAAAACUGCCAAAGAAUUAGAUCGAAAUAGCCAAGUGGAAUAUGACUUAAUGGUGAAAGCUACCGAUAAAGGGAAUCCACCAAUGAGUGAAAUAACUUCUGUGCAUGUCUUUGUGACAAUUGCUGACAAUGCCUCUCCUAAGUUUACAUCAAAAGAAUAUUCUGUUGAAAUCAGCGAAACGGUCGGCAUUGGGAGUUUUGUCGGAAUGGUUACAGCGCAGAGUCAGUCGUCAGUGGUAUAUGAAAUAAAAGAUGGAAAUGUAGCUGAUGCUUUUGAUAUUAAUCCACAUUCUGGAAGUAUCGUCACUCAGAAAGCCCUGGAUUUUGAAACGUUGCCCAUUUACACAUUGAUAAUACAAGGAACUAACAUGGCUGGUUUGUCUACUAACACAAGUGUUUUAGUGCAUCUACAGGAUGAAAAUGACAACUUGCCAGUCUUCAUGCAGGCAGAAUAUACGGGACUCAUUAGCGAAUCAGCUUCAACUAACAGCGUGGUCCUAACAGACAAAAAUGUCCCAUUAGUGAUUCGAGCAACUGAUGCUGAUAAAGAAUCAAAUGCUCUGCUUGUGUAUCACAUUGUUGAACCAUCUAUACACAAAUAUUUUGCUAUUGACUCUAGCACUGGUGCUAUUCAUACGGUACUGAGUUUGGACUAUGAAGAAACAAGUACUUUUCACUUCACCGUACAAGUGCAUGACAUGGGGACACCACGUUUAUUUGCUGAGUAUGCAGCUAAUGUGACUAUACGUGUAAUAGACAUUAACGAUUGCCCUCCUGUGUUCUCCAAAUCAUUCUAUGAAGCAUCUCUUUUAUUGCCAACAUACAGAGGAGUAAAAGUCAUCACGGUAAAUGCUACGGAUGCUGAUUCAAGUGCAUUCUCACAGUUGAUGUACUCUAUCACCGAGGGCAACAUUGGGGAGAAGUUUUUUAUGGACCACAAGACUGGUACUAUAACUGUACAAAACACAACUCAGCUAAGAAGCCGCUAUGAGUUAACCGUUAGAGCUUCUGAUGGCAGAUUUGUAAGCUUUACCUCUGUAAAAAUUAAUGUGAAAGAAAGCAAAGAAAGUCAACUGAAGUUUACCCAAGAUUUCUACUCUGCAGUAGUGAAAGAGAAUUCCACUGAAGCCAGAACAUUAGCUGUCAUUACUGCCAUUGGGAACCCAAUCAACGAGCCUUUGUUUUACCAUAUCCUCAACCCAGAUCGCAGAUUUAAAAUAAGCCAGACUUCAGGAGUUCUGUCAACCACUGGCAUACCAUUUGAUCGUGAACAGCAGGAGGCAUUUGAUGUGGUGGUAGAAGUGACCCAAGAACACAAGCCUUCAGCAGUGGCCCAUGUCAUUGUCAAGGUCAGCAUAGAAGACCAAAAUGACAAUGCACCAGUGUUUGUCAACCUUCCUUACUAUGCUGUUGUUAAAGUGGAUACCGUGGUGGGCCACGUUAUUCGCUCCGUUACUGCCGUUGAUAGAGACAGUGGCAGAAAUGGAGAAGUGCAUUACUACCUUAAAGAGCAUCACGAGCAUUUUCAGAUCGGAUCCUCAGGUGAAAUUUCACUGAAAAAGCAGUUUGAACCUGACACCUUAAAUAAAGAAUAUCUUGUCACAGUGGUUGCAAAAGACGGAGGAGACCCAGCGUUUUCGGCUGAAGUGAUAGUUCCGAUCACUGUUAUGAAUAAAGCCAUGCCUGUGUUUGAAAAACCUUUCUACAGCGCAGAGGUUCCGGAGAAUAUCCAGAUGCACAGUCCGGUUGUCCACGUACAAGCCAACAGUCCAGAAGGGUUGAAAGUGUUCUACAGCAUCACGGAUGGAGAUCCUUUCAGCCAGUUUACUGUUAACUUCAACACUGGAGUUAUAAAUGUCAUAGCCCCUCUGGACUUCGAGUCCCACCCGGCUUAUAAACUGAGCAUACGAGCAACCGACUCCUUGACCGGUGCUCAUGCUGAAGUAUUUGUUGACAUCAUAGUGGAAGACAUCAAUGAUAACCCUCCUGUGUUUGGUCAGCAGUCUUAUGCCGCAACCCUGUCCGAGGCAGCUGUCAUCGGCACGUCUGUCGUUCAAGUUAGAGCGACAGAUUCUGAUUCAGAACCAAAUAGGGGAAUUUCAUACCAUAUGUUUGGGAACCAUAGCAAGAGUCAUGAUCAUUUUCACAUAGACAGCAGCACCGGCCUCAUUUCGCUAGUCCGAACUUUGGAUUACGAGCAGUUCCAGCAACACAAGAUUUUUGUGAGGGCUCUGGACGGUGGCAUGCCCCCCCUGAGCAGUGAUGUGGUUGUGACAGUGGAUGUCACGGACCUCAAUGACAAUCCGCCACUGUUUGACCAACAGAUUUAUGAAGCCAAAAUCAGUGAACACGCCAUGCAUGGGCAUUUCGUGACCUGUGUGAAAGCAUAUGAUGCAGACAGCUCAGACAUAGACAGGUUGGACUAUUCCAUUCUCUCUGGCAAUGAUCAUAAGAAUUUUGUCAUUGACGGUGAAACGGGGAUCGUCACACUCUCAAACGUGCGCCGGCACACCUUGAAGCCAUUUUAUAGUCUUAACGUUUCUGUUUCUGAUGGAGUUUUUAGGAGUUCAGCUCAGGUUCACGUAACUGUAAUUGGAGGCAAUCUGCACAGUCCUGUUUUUCUUCAGAGCGAAUAUGAAGUGGAGUUAGCUGAAAAUGCUCCCUUACACACGCUGGUGAUCGAGGUCAAAGCAACUGAUGGGGAUUCUGGUAUUUACGGUCACAUUACUUACCAUAUUGUAAAUGACUUUGCCAAAGACAGAUUUUACACAAAUGACAGAGGACAGAUAUUUACUUUGGAGAAACUUGAUCGAGAAACUCCAGCAGAGAAAGUAAUCUCAGUUCGUUUAAUGGCUAAGGAUGCCGGUGGAAAAGUUGCUUUCUGCACCAUUAAUGUCAUCCUUACAGAUGACAAUGAUAAUGCACCCCAGUUUCGAGCAACCAAGUAUGAAGUGGACAUUGGGUCCAGUGCUCCCAAAAGGACAUCCGUCAUUAAAGUUCUUGCAAGUGAUGCCGAUGAGGGAUCCAAUGCCGAUGUCACCUAUGCCAUUGAAGCAGAUUCUGAAAGUGUCAAGGAGAAUUUGGAAAUUAACAAACUAUCUGGCAUAAUUACUACAAAAGAAAGCUUAAUUGGCUUAGAAAAUGAGUUCUUCACUUUCUUUGUGAGAGCUGUGGAUAGUGGGUCUCCGUCAAGGGAAUCUGUGGUUCCUGUGUAUGUUAAAAUACUUCCACCAGAAAUACAACUUCCAAAAUUUUCGGAACCGUUUUAUACCUAUACGGUUUCAGAAGACAUGCCUAUUGGAACAGAGAUCGACCUCAUCCGAGCAGAACAUAGUGGGACCGUUCUUUACAGCCUAAUCAAAGGGAACACUCCUGAAAGUAACAGGGAUGAGUUCUUUGUGAUUGACAGACAGAGCGGCAGACUGAAACUUGAAAAGAGUCUUGAUCACGAAACGACUAAGUGGUACCAGCUUUCCGUACUUGCCAGGUGCGCUCAUGAGGACUACGAGGUGGUGGCAUCUGUAGAUGUUAGCAUCCAAGUGAAAGAUGCAAAUGAUAACAGCCCUGUGUUAGAGUCUAACCCGUAUGAGGCUUUUAUUGUUGAAAACCUGCCAGGGGGGAGUAGAGUCAUCCAGGCCAGGGCAUCUGAUCUGGAUUCGGGAACCAAUGGCCAAGUCAUGUACAGUCUCGAUCAGUCACAAAGUGUGGAAGUCAUCGAAUCUUUUGCCAUUAACAUGGAGACAGGCUGGAUUACGACCCUCAAGGAACUUGACCAUGAAGAGAGAGACCAUUACCAGAUUAAAGUGGUUGCAUCAGAUCAUGGUGAAAAGGUCCAGCUCUCCUCCACGGCCAUCGUGGAUGUUACUGUCACCGACGUCAACGACAGCCCCCCACGAUUCACGGCAGAGAUAUACAAAGGGACCGUGAGCGAAGAUGACCCACCAGGCGGUGUCAUCGCCAUCUUGAGUACCACAGAUGCCGAUUCUGAAGAAAUUAAUAGACAAGUUACAUAUUACAUAACAGGAGGAGAUCCUUUGGGACAGUUUGCUAUUGAAAAUAUACAGAAUGAAUGGAAGGUGUUUGUGAAGAAACCUCUGGACAGGGAAAAAAGGGACAAUUAUCUUCUGACUAUCACAGCAACCGAUGGGACCUUCUCCUCAAAAGCCAUAGUUGAAGUGAAAGUUCUUGAUGCAAAUGACAACAGUCCCGUCUGUGAAAAGAGCUUAUAUUCGGAAACGAUUCCAGAAGAUGCCUUUCCCGGGAAGCUGAUCAUGCAGGUGUCUGCUACAGAUGCAGAUAUCCGCUCCAAUGCUGAAAUUACUUACACAUUAUUUGGUCCAGGGGCAGAAAAGUUCAAACUAAAUCCAGACACAGGUGAACUGAAAACAUUAGCCCCCCUUGAUCGUGAGGAGCAAGCAGUUUAUAACCUGCUCGUCAAGGCCACAGAUGGAGGGGGUAGAUUCUGUCAAGCCAGUAUUGUGCUCACAUUAGAAGAUGUGAAUGAUAAUGCCCCUGAAUUCUCAGCCGAUCCGUACGCCAUCACCGUGUUUGAGAACACAGAGCCUGGGACGCUGUUGACUAGGGUCCAGGCCACGGACGCAGAUGCAGGACUGAAUCGGAAGAUCUCCUACUCGCUGGUGAACUCUGCUGACGGGCAGUUCUCCAUUAAUGAAUUCUCCGGAAUCCUUCAGUUAGAAAAGCCCUUGGACCGAGAAGUGCGGGCCGUGUACACCCUUACUCUGAAAGCCGUAGACCAGGGUUUGCCGAGGAGGCUGACGGCUACCGGCACUGUUGUGGUGUCCGUCUUGGAUAUAAAUGACAACCCCCCUGUGUUUGAAUACCGUGAGUACGGCGCCACCGUGUCUGAGGACGUUCUUCUCGGCACAGAAGUUCUCCAGGUGUAUGCGGCCAGUCGGGAUAUCGAAGCGAAUGCGGAAAUCACCUACGCAAUAAUAAGUGGAAACGAACAUGGAAAAUUCAGCAUAGACUCCAAAACAGGGGCCAUCUUUAUCAUUGAGAACCUGGAUUAUGAAAGCUCUCAUGAAUAUUACCUGACUGUAGAGGCCACUGACGGGGGGACACCUUCAUUAAGUGAUGUGGCCACUGUGAGCAUUAACGUAACCGAUGUCAAUGACAACUCCCCUGUGUUCAGCCAAGACACCUACACAGCAGUGAUCAGCGAAGAUGCCGUCCUUGAGCAGUCUGUCAUCACGGUUAUGGCUGACGAUGCUGACGGACCUUCGAACAGCCACAUCCGCUAUUCAAUUACAGAUGGCAAUCAAGGAAGUCCAUUUACAAUUGACCCUGCCCGGGGAGAAGUAAAAGUGACCAGGCUUCUCGACCGGGAAACAAUUUCAGGUUACACACUCACAGUCCAGGCUUCUGAUAACGGCAGUCCGCCCAGGGUCAACACGACUACCGUGAAUAUCGACGUGUCAGACGUCAACGACAACGCUCCGGUCUUCUCCAAGGGAAACUACAGUGUCAUUAUCCAGGUGGCCGAUAACGGAAAGCCUCAGUUGUCAUCUUUGACGUAUAUUGACAUUCGGGUCAUUGAGGAGAGUGUCUAUCCGCCUGCAAUCUUGCCACUAGAGAUUUUCAUUACUGCUUUUGGAGAGGAAUACUCAGGCGGUGUCAUUGGGAAGAUUCACGCAACAGACCAGGACGUGUAUGACACUUUAAGCUAUAGUCUUGAUCCGCAGAUGGGCAACCUCUUCUCUGUUUCCAGCACCGGGGGUAAGCUGAUAGCACACAGAAAGCUAGAUGUAGGGCAGUACCUUCUCAAUGUCAGUGUAACCGAUGGGAAAUUCACGACGGUGGCGGACAUCACGGUGCACAUCAGACAGAUAACCCAGGAGAUGCUGAACCACACGGUCGCCGUCCGCUUCGCCAACCUCACUCCGGAAGAAUUCGUUGGUGACUACUGGCGCAACUUCCAGCGAGCUUUGCGGAACAUCCUGGGUGUGAGGAGGAGUGAUGUCCAGAUCGUUAGUUUGCAGCCCUCUGAACCCCAUCCACAUCUGGAUGUCUUGCUUUUCGUAGAGAAAUCAGGGAGUGCCCAGGUUUCAACCAAACUGCUUCUGCACAAGAUCAAUUCUUCUGUGACUGAUCUUGAGGAAAUCAUGGGUGUUAGGAUACUGGACGUGUUCCAGAAGCUCUGUGCAGGGCUGGACUGCCCGUGGAAGUUCUGUGACGAAAAGGUGACCGUGGAUGAGAACGUUAUGUCAACGCACAGCACGGCCAGACUGAGUUUCGUGACUCCCCGCCACCACAGGACAGCUGUGUGUCUCUGCCAAGAGGGAAGAUGCCCAGUUGUCCAUCAUGGAUGUGAAGACAGUCCAUGCCCUGAGGGAUCUGAAUGUAUCGCUGAUCCCAGAGAGGAGAAAUACGCCUGUGUCUGCCCGGGUGGCAAGUUUGGUCAGUGCCCAGGGAGUUCAUCUGUAACAUUUACUGGAAACAGCUUUGUGAAAUACCGUCUAAUGGAAAACGAAAACAGAUUGGAGAUGAAACUGACCAUGAGGCUCAGAACGUACUCUGCUCACGCAGUUGUGAUGUACGCUCGCGGGACCGACUACAGCAUCUUGGAGAUUCAUAAUGGACGGCUACAGUACAAAUUUGACUGUGGAAGCGGCCCUGGAAUUGUCUCUGUUCAAAGCAUUCAGGUCAACGAUGGGCUGUGGCAUGCAGUGUCUCUAGAAGUGAAUGGAAACUACGCUCGGCUGGUUCUCGACCAAGUUCACACUGCAUCAGGCACAGCCCCUGGGACUCUGAAAACCCUGAACCUGGAUAACCAUGUGUUUUUCGGUGGCCACAUCCGCCAGCAAGGCACAAGGCACGGAAGAAGCCCCCAAGUGGGUAAUGGCUUCAGGGGUUGUAUGGACUCCAUUUAUUUGAAUGGGCAGGAGCUCCCUUUAAACAACAAACCAAGAAGCCAUGCACAUAUUGAAGAAUGGGUGGACGUCUCUCCCGGGUGCUUGUUAACGGCUACCGAAGACUGUUCCAGCAACCCUUGCCAGAAUGGAGGCGUUUGCCAGCCAUCCCCUACUGGAGGUUAUUACUGUAAAUGCAGUGCCUUGUACAUAGGGACGUAUUGUGAGCUGAGCGUCAACCCGUGUUCCUCCAACCCAUGCCUCUAUGGUGGCACGUGCAUUGUGGACAACGGAGACUUCCUUUGCCAAUGCCGAGGAUUGUACACUGGCCAGAGGUGCCAGCUUAGUCCAUAUUGCAAAGAUGAGCCCUGUAAAAAUGGUGGAACAUGUUUUGACAGCUUGGAUGGUGCCGUCUGUCAGUGUGAUUCGGGUUUUAGGGGAGAAAGGUGCCAGAGUGACAUUGACGAAUGCGCUGCCAGCCCCUGCCGCAACGGGGCCCUCUGCGAGAACACGCACGGCUCCUACCACUGUAACUGCAGCCACGACUAUAGGGGGAAGCACUGUGAGGACGCUGCCCCCAAUCAGUACGUGUCCACGCCGUGGAACAUCGGACUGGCUGAAGGAAUAGGAAUUCUCGUCUUUGUAACCGGGAUAUUCUUACUGGCGGUGGUGUUCGUCCUCUGCCGGAAGAUGAUCAGUCGGAAGAAGAAGCACCAGGCCGAACCUGAAGACAAGCACUUGGGACCAACCACAGCUUUCUUGCAGAGACCAUAUUUCGAUUCAAAGCUAAAUAAGAACAUUUACUCCGACAUCCCACCCCAGGUGCCCGUCCGUCCUAUAUCCUACACUCCAAGCAUUCCAAGUGACUCCAGGAACAACCUUGACCGCAAUUCCUUUGAGGGAUCUGCUAUCCCGGAGCAUCCUGAAUUCAGCACCUUUAACCCCGAGUCUGUGCACGGACACCGGAAGGCAGUGGCCGUCUGCAGCGUGGCCCCGAACUUGCCUCCCCCACCACCUUCCAACUCCCCUUCUGACAGCGACUCCAUACAAAAGCCCAGCUGGGACUUCGACUAUGAUACUAAAGUAGUGGAUCUCGAUCCCUGUCUCUCCAAGAAGCCUCUGGAGGAGAAGCCUUCGCAUCCGUACAGUGCCCGGGAGAGCCUGUCGGAGGUGCAGUCGCUCAGCAGCUUCCAGUCGGAGUCGUGUGACGACAAUGGGUAUCACUGGGAUACGUCGGAUUGGAUGCCGAGUGUUCCUCUGCCGGAUAUACAAGAAUUCCCCAAUUAUGAGGUUAUCGAUGAGCAGACCCCCCUGUACUCGGCAGAUCCGAAUGCCAUCGAUACGGACUAUUACCCUGGAGGUUACGACAUUGAGAGUGACUUUCCCCCUCCCCCGGAAGACUUCCCGGUGCCAGACGAACUGCCCCCCUUACCUCCGGAGUUCAGCGAUCAGUUCGAAUCCAUACACCCUCCGAGAGACAUGCCCGCUGCUGGUAGUCUGGGUUCUUCAUCGAGAAGCCGGCAGAGGUUCCACUUGAAUCAGUAUCUGCCCCACUUCUACCCCGUCGAUCUGUCUGAACCUCAAAAGACAGGCACUGGUGACAACGGUCCGUGUAGAGAACCCUAUGCCCCCUGCCCUCCAGGGUACCCAAGAAACUUUGAAGCCCCCACCGUAGAGAACAUGCCCCUGUCUGUGUACCCCUCCACGGCUUCCUGCUCUGAUGUGUCGGCGUGCUGUGAAGUGGAGUCUGAGGUCAUGAUGAGUGACUAUGAGAGCGGAGACGACGGCCACUUCGAAGAGGUGACAGUGCCUCCGCUGGAUGCGCAGCAACACACGCAGGUCUGA